AUGUUCGCUUUAUAUCUUCCACUAAUUGCUACAUACGUGCAGUCCUUGUACCAGAUCGUCGGUUCCGAUUAUUAUGGAAGUACACUAGAUAGCUCCAUGAGCAUCAGCCAUAACAGUUCAAAUAAUCUAAUCUUGCCAUUUAAUAAAACGAGGAUACCUGGAAGUAGCAACUCUAAAGAAGUUAGAGAGUUUAUAUUUCGGCAUUUUGACAAGUUGAACCAGAAGUGGAUACUGGAAACUACGCAAUUUCAAGAAAACGGCUAUGAAUUUACUAAUAUCAUUUAUACGUUGGGCGAUGAAGAUAACUACCUCAUGCUAGCCGCCCAUUAUGACUCUAAGAUUGACCCAACCGGCUUUAUAGGGGCUAUAGACAGUGCAGCCUCAUGUGCAAUGCUGCUAUAUGUAGCCAAAUUCGUGGAUACGGUGCUAACAGACUGUGAAACUACAGACUGCCCCCUUAAUGGCUUCACAGGCCUUAAAAUCGUUUUCUUCGAUGGGGAAGAGGCCAUCCACGAGUGGGGUCCAACUGACUCAAAAUAUGGAUCAAGAUACCUGGCUGAAAAAAUGGAAAGUAAUGGAUCGGUUUACAAUAUAGGUCUUCUGAUCCUUUUGGAUUUACUGGGCUCGCAGAACCAGAAUUUUGUGCCCAACUACUACAGAGAGCACACAGAGCAUUACUAUGAAACUCUAUGGAAGUUGGAGGCAAGAUACAACUCCUUCUAUAGCACUGAAACACAUUUUUUUGAUCCCAGUAGCUAUUCUCAAACGCUCUGGGAUGAUGACCACGUACCCUUUUUGGCGCGCGAUGUUCCCACAUUGCACUUGAUCCCUUCGACGUUACCCACUCAAUGGCAUAAAUUAGAGGAUGACUUUGCACAUCUAGAUCAAGAUAUCGUCAACAAGUGGACCAUUUUGAUUUGUGAGUUUGUAAUUGAAUACUACCAAUAA